AUGCUCCGCCAGCUGCACAAUAAGCUAGAUCGCACCAACAUCCACUCUGUACAAGCGAACUUUACCGCAAUAAUCAAGGAGCAUAUUGAGCUUUUUCACCGGGAGAUCGGCGAAACACUGCAACAAAUCUGCCCGGCACCAGAAACCCUCACCGAAGAGGAAGCUCGGCUUCUCAUAGAACACAACAAGGAGGUUAUCGACCGUGCUUUUGAGGGCACUACGCUUGCACUGGCUCUCGUGAACGUCCAUCAGCGCUUUAUUUGGGCUGCCGGGGUCGGUGACUCCACGGUCGCAUUGUCUACGAUCGGCCCAGAUGGUAAACGAAGGGCCGAACGGUUAUGCGACCUACAUACAUUCAAGAAUCCGAAGGAGUACUACAGGGCAGUCAUGGCCCAUUCGUCCUAUGAACGGCCAAUAGUCGACUCGCAAGACCCGAUUGGGGAUUUUGCAUUGAAGCUCCGUUCCACGUACUUGACCAACCUCUUCAGAUUUAUCCCUUGCGGUCAUGCGUUCGGGCUCUCGAGACACGCCUCGAAGAUCGUCACGCCUCCUUACAUCAUCGCGGAGCCGUCCGUGCGAUUUGUCGACCUUGAGCCUGUGUGGAGCGAAAGCAGCACGCUCUUGGUGUUCACAUACGGCGUUGACAAUCUUGUCGACAGCUAUUUUGUGUUCACUCCCGAGAAGCACAGCGGCGCAGACCCGGUGAACAUCGUUUCGUCUCUCCUAUCCGGAGAGGUCGAUCAUGAAGCGGAACGCGCUCUCGGCCAUCCCAUCGACCCUCACUGGUGUGGCGCCGAAAACAGCAGGGCCGUCAAUAUUCUUGGGAACCUGCUAGGUGGUACCGACGUAGAACGACUGGAGAUGGUAACGGACGAAGAACGUCUUCGGGAUAUCGGGGCAGAUUGGCAGUUCCAUAUUGAUGACACAUCCAUAAUCGUUUGGGGACUCACAUAG